GGGUUGUUGCUCCGCGCGCUUCCACCAGGGACCGCUCGAGCUACCCAAGCUCCCUGCGUCUACCCGGCGGCGCCCCCGCGCGUGCUCACUAGGAGCAGCGCGCGCCCCGGAAUCGCCGGAGCCGCCUCUGCCUUAGGCCUCCGCUCCCCAAGCGACUGCCCAAACUAGGCCUCGGUGGCUGGAUACGAGAGCGCUCUGGGGACAAAUAUCCUCCCUCCACUGUGGUCUGCAUUCCUCCGGCCCCUGAGCCACUCUGGGGCGGGAAGUGUUAGCGUCUCUGUUGCGCUGCAGCGCGGGAGGAAGGAGGAGGCCGAUCCCGGGGCGGAGUUCGGGCGGACUCGGGCUAGACCGAGCGAGACGCCGGCGCUGCCCGGAUGUUGCGAUGGCUGAUCGGGGGAGGCCGAGAACCGCAGGGACUGGCCGAGAAAUCUCCUUUACAGACAAUAGGUGAAGAACAAACCCAGAACCCCUACACUGAGUUGCUUGUACUGAAAGCUCACCAUGAUAUUGUACGAUUUCUGGUACAGUUAGAUGGCUACAGAUUUGCAUCUGCUGGUGAUGAUGGAAUUAUAGUUGUGUGGAAUGCCCAGACAGGGGAAAAACUUUUAGAACUGAAUGGACACACUCAAAAGAUAACAGCUAUUGUUACAUUUCCUUCCUUGGAAUCUUGUGAAGAAAAACAUCAACUCAUCUUGACAGCCUCUGCUGAUAGAACAGUUAUUGUGUGGGACAGUGAGAAUGGCAGACAAGUUCAGAGAAUAUCUUGCUUCCAGUCUACUGUAAAGUGUUUGACUGUUCUUCAGAGACUAGAUGUUUGGCUUUCUGGUGGGAAUGACCUGUGUGUGUGGAACCGAAAAUUAGAUCUCCUGUGUAAGACUAGCCACCUUUCUGAUACAGGUAUUAGUGCUUUGGUUGAAAUACCUAAGAACUGUGUUGUGGCAGCAGUUGGCAAAGAACUGAUAAUUUUCAGGUUGGUAGCACCCACAGAAGGAUCACUAGAAUGGGAUAUUCUUGAAGUUAAGCGCCUCCUUGAUCACCAGGACAAUAUUCUCUCAUUGAUUAAUGUCAAUGAUUUGAGUUUUGUCACUGGCUCGCACAUUGGAGAGCUGAUCAUCUGGGAUGCCCUGGACUGGACCGUGCAGGCCUACGAACGCAACUUCUGGGACCCAUCUCCACAACUGGACACCCAACAGGAAAUAAAACUCUGUCAGAAAUCAAAUGACAUUUCUAUUCAUCAUUUCACAUGUGAUGAAGAGAAUGUAUUUGCUGCAGUUGGAAGGGGUUUAUACGUGUAUAACCUUCAAAUGAAGCGUGUGAUUGCCUGCCAGAAAACUGCACAUGACUCCAAUGUCCUGCACAUUGCCAGACUUCCAAACAGGCAGUUAAUCUCAUGCUCAGAAGAUGGCAGUGUACGCAUUUGGGAGUUACGAGAAAAACAGCAGCUUGCAGCUGAGCCUGUACCAACAGGUUUUUUUAACAUGUGGGGAUUUGGAAGAGUCAACAAACAAGCCAGCCAACCUGUUAAAAAGCAGCAAGAAAAUGCUACUUCAUGUUCACUGGAGCUUAUUGGAGAUUUGAUUGGACACUCAUCAUCUGUGGAGGUGUUUCUGUACUUUGAAGAUCAUGGACUGGUGACAUGCUCUGCUGAUCAUCUCAUUAUUUUGUGGAAAAAUGGAGAGCGAGAAUCUGGAUUGCGCAGUUUAAGAUUAUUUCAAAAAUUAGAGGAGAAUGGUGACUUAUACCUUGCUGUCUAAGGAAUUAAAAGUACACAUGUAUGAACCUUGUACAUCAAAUAUAGGUACGACUCUGAAAACCAUUAACAUAUUCAUCAUUUAAAUUUGUAAAUUUUGUCCAUAAAAUUCUAAGUUUAACUUUUUUGUGGACCUACCAACCAGGAACAUGUUACUUCUCAGGUCCUAGUACAUCCUCCAAAGAAUAUAUCACAAGUUUUCCAUUUGAC